GCACACACCACACAAAUGUCCCCCCGCCGGCCGUCAGACGACGACGAGCCGGCGCACGCGAAUGGUAACGGCCGGGCGCACGGGCCCGUCGACGCCGAGCGGCGCGGCCACGCAGACCCGCUUCCCACGUCGCCGCCCAUAGCGCCCGUGGCCUCGUCGCCCGACGCCGCGCCGCCAGCAGAGCAGGCCACCCCGCUCCGCACGCUCGCGCACUACUCCGGCCUCGUGCUCGCCAGUAUGAUUGGCACGCUGUUCCGCCUCGGCCUGGAGGCGCUCGGUACCUACGACGGCGCAGUUGUCUUCCCCCUCGCUUGGGUCCAGGGUGUCGGAUGCGGCAUCAUGGGCCUCGCGCUGGCGCGCAAGAAUCAGAUCUCUUGGCUAUAUCCCCCGCUCUACACCUUCCUCACGACAGGCAUCGCUGGCUCGGUCACCACCUUCUCAUCAUGGAUGCUCGAGGCUUACGAGGCGUUUGCGAACACCGAGCACUAUAACCGCAAGGGCCUUCACGAUACGGUCAAUGGCCUCGCCUACACCUUCGUCACAGUCAUGGUCUCGACCGCGGGUCUGCGGCUAGGCAAGUACGUCUCGUCGCUCUUACCCCGACUACCACGUCCUCGGCGCCGAGAGGACGCUGUUCGCAUGGCCAAGGUUGAUGGUGCCCACGACACGGCUUCCCCUUCCCACGCCCAAGGCACACGUCUGCUCGACCUCUUGACCUUCGUGUCCGCCGUGGUGAGCUACGGCGCCGCGCUCGCACUUUACUUUGCAGCGCCUCGCCGGUGGCGCCACCGCGCGACGUUUGCCAUCCUCCUCGCGCCGCCUGGUACGAUGCUGCGGUACGCGCUGUCAAAGAUCAACGCGCGGGCGCCCUUCCUCGACCGCUUCCCGCUUGGCACGUUCAUCGCCAACAUGGUUGGCACAAUCCUCAUCGCGGGGACAUACGCCGCUGAGCGCCGGCCCGGGCCCGCAUCCAACGCCCUCGCGUGUACUGCGCUCGGGGCGAUCCACGACGGGUUCUGCGGCUGCCUCACCACUGUGUCGACGUUCGUAGUCGAGAUGGGGUCGAUACGCUCCGAGCGCUGGCGGUGGGCGUACGUCUUUGGGUCGAUCAUCCUGGGCCAGGUGUUAGUGAUGGCCGUGGCGGGCGGUGUCGGCUGGGGCGUGGGGUACGGCCCCGCGUGCCGCCCCGAGGCGUAGAGCAUAGACUGGAUGUAUGUCUGUACUAUAGGGCUCAUGGCGUGGGCUGGGGCGUGUGAGAGGCGGCCGUGCUCGAGCCAAGGGGUGAUUCUCGAAUGGGCUUCCAUGGGCGUGCGAGGGGGUAUAUCUAGCAGGUGUCGCCACCAUCUCGACCGCCAUCGCCGCUACUCACACCACGCAGCCAUGACCCCAGUGACCACCGUCGCCAUCAUCGUGAUCGUUUCGAUGCGACGCGCGACCCGCGUCGUCGCGCGACGCCGUCCACUAACCCGCCGACCACCACGCCGGUCAGGCAAGUCCACACCACCCAGCGACGCGCUGCGGACUUGCCCGCCGAGCGCAACAGCACGAC